AUGAGCAGGGCCAAAGGACUACAAGCCAUAUGGAGAGGGAGAAAGCAUGAAGACCGCCACACCCAGGUUGCCCUCCUUUUAUGGGAGAGCCUAGAGGCAAGCCAUGCGUUCUUCACAAGCUCCGAAUACAGCAAGUUUCACAAAGUCAUUCAGCCCGCGAUGAACGGGAGGAAAAUUGAAUGGCAGAACCAUGCUUCAAUUAAAGCAGGCGGACUUAGCGACAAGGAGCAUUUGACCAAGACACUUCAGUCACCCGCAAUCGAGGUCGCCCUGACGAAAGUCGUCGAAGGUGGCGUGCAAGGCUACUAUUCCCAGUUUCAUAAGAUUGUCGUCCCCAUCCUGGAUAACGACCCUGGGUGCGAUGGACAUUUCAUCAGUCCUCUACUGGAAAACCCCCAGAACCAGCUUCUUUUGAUCAACUGGAAGUCCGUGGAUGUACGUAUGGCCUCCUCUUACUUCGACUAG